CCUGCAUAGAGUCCAUACAUGGGGCUUUCCACACCUCUGCUCAGACUUUGUGGACGGUCCCUAACUGGCCCCAUGAGUCGUGAGACGUUCACGGAGCCGCUCCGACUGACUGUUGCUGAACUCUGUAGUGGAGAGGGAAAAGUUGGUGAAGAUGCACUGAAACCGACCGAACUGCCAAGGACCCGGACUUCAGUUAUCUGGUACACAGUUUUACAACUAUGAGGAGCAUCAGACCGACGAAACGGUCCAAACCAUUUCUUAGAGAUGGCUGACGUUGAGGAAAAGAAGGAUUUUCGGCGCCCACUUUAAAGCCACGGAGAGCCUAUUUCUUUCCAUUCAUUGGUGGGGAUCAUACCAUGAGCACCCUCCAGCAGCUGGGAACAAUGUCUUUUUUGAUCAAAAAGAAGAAGUUCAAGUUUCAAGUGCACUUUACAUUGGAGGAGCUUACAGCAGUGCCUUUUGUCAACGGAGUGCUUUUCUGCAAGAUCCGGCUGAUAGAUGGUGGGGACUUUGCCAUUUCGUCAUCCAGGGAGGAGGUGCAGCAGAACUGUGUUCGAUGGAGGAAGAAGUUCUCCUUCGUAUGUAAAAUGAUCGCUAAUCCAAUCACUGGAGUGUUGGACCCCUGCAUCUGCCGGGUCUCUGUACGUAAGGAGCUCAAAGGAGGGAAAUCCUUCUCAAAGCUAGGUUUUGCUGAUCUCAACAUUGCGGAGUUUGCUGGUUCGGGCUCCGCAGUUCGCUGCUGCAUCCUGGAGGGUUAUGACACCAAAAACACUCGACAGGACAACUCUAUUCUCAAGGUCACAAUUGGGAUGACUCUACUGUCUGGGGAUCCCUGCUUUAAAACGCCUCCCAGCACGGCCAAAUCUCUCUCCAUCGGGGACGAGGACCCCACCCUGCAGCUGGACUGUAAGGGGGAGAGCACUGAUUCCACAGGGCAGCCCCGAGGGGUCCUCAGGGAGGUCAUGAGGGAGGGUCCUCGCACCUUCAAACCCAGACAGUCGUCUAUACGUAGCUCAGGGCUUCCUGAGGAGGGAGAGAGUGUGUCCAGCCAAGAUGAGGUCUUUCACACCGGACAUUUCCGCAGCUCCAGCUAUGCCAGCCAGCACAGUAAGAUUUCAGGCUAUAGCACAGCUCACUCUCGCUGCUCCAGCCUGACCGACCUCAGUCACCAUAGGAACGCCUCCUCCAGCAGCAAUGUGUCCUGUGGGCUUGUCCAACCCUGCCAGCUGACCGCGUCCAGCCCCACAGAGCCACACCGACAAGCCACUCCAACCAAACCGGAGAGACCUCCUCUACCCUCCGCAGCGGCCCUCAUGUCCAACAGAUCCUCCAGGAGAAAGAAGGACACUGUGGAGAGACAGCCCAGCUGUGUGGACGACACUCGCAUUGAUGCGGGUGACAUUGUGGAGAAGAUCGUACAGAGUCAGAAUUUUUAUGACAGCGGCAACAAGGAAGACAGCAACUUGAGACUGUUUGUGAGCAAAGAUGGGACCACCGCCCUCAGCGGGACCCAGCUCGCCAACAGAGGAACGCCUGGUAUUUUUGAGCCAGUGGUCAUUGAGACUCACUGAAAGACACUGUACUCUAACAUGUCUCCAGCCUCAUCAACUGGUCAAUGACUCUGUGACAUGAGAUUGUCUGUGACUGUAUGUUCAAGUAUGUGUAACUUUAAGUGCACACAACCUGAAAUAAGACUACUAUGAUGUGUGUGUGUGUGUGUGUGUGUGUGGUGUUGGUGGUGUAUCAAUAUAUAUAUAAAUAUAUAUAUAUAUAUAUAUAUAUAUAAUAUUAUAUGAUUUAUAUGUAUAUGGAACCUUUUAGUAAAUCUGUACACUACUACACUACGGUCAAAAGUUUGGGGUCACUUACAAGUUUCCUACCCCAUUAUAGACAGAAUACCAGCUGAUCUGAGUGGUGGGUGGGGGGGGGGUGAUCUUUAAUGCCAUAUGUACAUUGCCAUUAUCAGCAACCAUUCAUCCAAUGUUCCAAAGGCACAUUCUUCACUAAUCUGAUAUCAUUUUUAAAAAACUAAGUGGAAAAGCAUUGGAGAAACCUUAUUUGUAAUUAUGUAAACAGCAUAAUGUAAUCUGAAAACGGCUGCCCCGGUUAAAAACAACAACAAUGAUCUCAGCUGGUACUCUGUCUGUAAUGGAGUGCAAUGGACAUUUCUAAGUGACCCCGAACUUAUGACCGGUUGUGUAUUUAAUUGGGUGGUGGGAGGUGUGUUGCACAUAAUUAUUGUAUUUUCUCAAAUAGUGAACAGACUUUUUUUUUCUUUUUUACUUUAAAUGAAAAAAGAAUCAGGCCUUUAUAUCUAUAUUAUUUCUAUAUUUAUUUCUAUAUCUAUAUAUAUAUAUAUGUAUGUGUGUGUGAGUGUGUGUAUGUAUAUAUAUAUAUAUAUAUAUAUAUAUAUAUAUAUAUAUACACAGGUACAUUUGAAAAUAUUCCCAUCUGCUCCCAGUUGCUGUGUUAAUUACAGGUUUUGUUGUUUGCUGUUAAUACAGGUUUAACAUGUCAUCUACAUAUCUGUUUUACAUUAAAACAACGCCAUCAGUCCAGGGGGAAUAAUUCCUCCUCUUUUAUCGUGGAACAUCUGCAGCUUAACCCUUGUGUUGUCUUCCCCUUAACCAUGAACUUGAAUUUUUUUUUGUGCUUUUCCAAUGUUUUUGUCCCUUUUUCUGAUUUUAUUUGUCACUUUUUCCAUGCUUUUGGCGCUUUAAAAAAAAAACCUGAGCUGGUUUAAUAACAGGUUUUACACUUAUUCUUAGAAUUCGUGGUCAACAAACCUCAUUUAUAUCAAACCUUUUAAUUAAAAAGGCAGAAAUUAUAAAUUAUUUUGACUAAUAGAUCUGAGGAUGUUGAGUGGAUCACAGAAGGGUAUAUGCCAAACGGUACUGUUUUGAAACCAUUAAAAAAAAAAGAAUUUAAAUGCUAUAAGAUUAAAUAAAACACCCCAAAAAUUCAAUGAAAGUAAUCAGUAAUUUUACCUUAAGAACAUAUGGAGUCAUCCAUGUUAUUUGUGGACAAUUUGAUUGAAAGAAAUCCUAAUUUCUGAUAUAAAACACUUUGAAACGGGUCAAUUUGACAGUCUUUAGCAACACUUUUUUUUUUUUACUGUCAUGCACAGGAAUUAGCAUUCUCUAAAAUUACCUAAUUUAUGUGCAUAGACAAGCAAUUUGUACUCAAGUUAGAAUUAAUAUCAAGUUACUUUAACAGCUGGAAUUUGAGAUGCCUACAAAUACUGAAUGCCUUUCUUCAUAUUCUUCAUAUUGUGAGGACAUUCCAUUCAUUUCAGUGGUCCUUGUCCAAUCACCACUCUUUUUUUUUUAUACAGUUGUGGUGCUACCUGUACAUCUCAUCAAUAUUGCCAUUGCAAUUUUCCGCAAUUAUCCUCCGUUGCCUUAGAACGGUGCCAGGUCACUGACUUAGUGUCCUAAAUUUCAAUAAAUCACUCUACACUGUACAGUGAUUUCCAACCUGCAUUACUCAAUAAAGGACCAGUCUGAAACACACCCGGCAAAACUUUGACCGUGCUAGGUGCGCAAAAUACACAAACAAUACCCUGAAACCACUGCAUCAUGGGAAUUGUAGUGCAACACUGAAAUAUUUGUGCAUUCAGAAGGGCCUCGUCAACUCGUGAAACUGAAAAUUUCUGAGUUUACCACCAGGAAGCAGCUUGCUAAGUACAGGACAGACUGACUCCCAGGGUUUCACUUUAACACAUGACGGACAACUGGAAACGUUAUGGAAACCGCUUGAUUUCCUUAGAACUUGGAUUUCUCCAUCAUGAGGUAUAAAUACAUGAAACAGCCUGGUCAGUGUUUCUUUAGUCUGGAUCAGCAACCACUCUGUUCUCUUUUAGGAAAGACAACAAACCAACAGCUGGCAAAUUACCACUGAAAAUGGGCAAGGGUGGAAGAAAAAUGGUAUGGUCCAACAAGGCAGGACUUGGUUUUUUUGGGAAAUUAUUGUAAAGAUUUACAAAGAAUAUAUAAUAUAUAAUAGCUACAGACACAGAAAUGGCUCAAACGAAGUAAAGCUCAUUGUGGGACUGGCUCUAGUGGCUGUAGUUCUGCACCAGGGCUGAAUAUCGGGAAAGAGACUAUACAGACCACAAAGGUCUAUACUCUAGACCACUAAGGUCUAUACCUUAGUGGCCCCCGAAUACUGCAUCUAAAAGUAUCCAUAAAGCACCAUGUUAUGGGACCUUUAAGCCAUCGAUCCAUCUCGUCAGUUGACCGUAACCGUAAACUUUGCGAUAAAAAAUUGCGAUAAAAAUUGGAGACAGUGUCGCGAAACUUUCAGUUUCAUUGCUGAAGUCUAACAACACAAAAAAACAGCCAAUUAAAAAAAUGUGAGUUUGAAUUUAUUUUAUAUUGAAAAUCAUCUAUGCUCCUCACUGUUAGGCUUUGGAGUUGCUGGCAGAUAGUUUGAAAAACACUGUUUAGAAAUUUAAUUCAAAAACAUGAUAUUUUACCAAAUGUACUUGCAGACUUGUGUCCAUUAUCAACACCCCACUGUGGCUUUUUUUUACUAGUCCAGUUCAUGUAAGAUUUACUACUGACUACACAAGUCAAAUAUGAAAUAUGACUAAAUCAUUUUCUGGCUUUACAAGUUGACGAGGUCCCACAUAAUGCAGCACAAGAGCUAGGAAAGGCUCUUACUGGGAGCAGACGUCCUCUGGACAGACUGAUGCAGAAUCCGACUGAAACUGAAAUAUUAUAUAGAAGUUAUUUUAUCCUCUUAACAUAUUUUGAUGACUGUCUAUUAAUAUACUAUUUUGCACAUGUGUACUCUCUGAGGAGGGUUGUUAGGUACCACUAAAAGGAAAUGGAUAUUGCACGGUUGCAAAAUGAUAUGCAGUACAUACACUGUGUGUGUGUGUGUGUGUUUGUGUGUAUAUAUAUAUAUAUUUAGUGUGGCCAUAAGUGCGCGUCCAUUCUCUGCACUUCCAAAGUAUUUUGAAUUUGAAUGCUCUUGUAAAAUAAUAAAGAAUGUAA